AUGGAGCCGCCAUGUGCCUUUGUCCAUGCACACAACGGAUAUAAGGCUGUGCCCCAGGACCCUCGUGUGCCUGCUGCAUCUCUGCCAGGAUGGUGUGUCCUUGUCCGGUUUUGGGGCAUGGAGAGUCUGGAACGUAGGUCUCACUCUGCUUUCUUCCUUGUCUCAGACAACAUCCCUGAGGAUCUCAGAGACCCUUUUUACAUCGACCAGUAUGAGCAGGAGCACAUUAAGCCGCCUGUUAUCAAGCUUCUCCUGUCCAGUGAGCUGUACUGCCGGGUAUGCAGUCUCAUCCUGAAAGGGGACCAGGCAGCCACCUUACAAGGACACCAGUCCGUCAUCCAGGCCCUGUCCCGAAAGGGCCUGUAUGUGAUAGAGAGCGACGACACCCCUGUGACAGACGAGGACCUGGGCCACGCUCCAAUAAAGAUGAGUGCCCACAUGGCGAUGGUGGAUGCCCUGAUGAUGGCCUACACAGUGGAGAUGAUCAGCAUUGAGAAGGUGGUGGCCAGUGUUAAACGCUUCUCUACAUUCAGCGCCUCGAAGGAACUUCCAUACGACCUUGAGGAUGCCAUGGUGUUCUGGAUCAACAAGGUAAACCUUAAAAUGAGAGAGAUAACAGAGAAAGAAGUUAAAUUGAAACAGCAGUUACUGGAAAGUCCAGCUCAUCAAAAGGUCCGCUAUCGGCGAGAGCACCCUUCUGCUAGGCAGUCACCCUACUUCCCGUUGUUGGAGGACUUGAUGAGAGACGGCAGUGAUGGCGCUGCUCUCUUAGCGGUGGUUCACUAUUACUGCCCAGAGCAGAUGAAACUGGAUGAUAUCUGCCUAAAGGAGGUGCCCUCUAUGGCCGACAGCCUGUAUAACAUCCGGCUCCUGCGCGAGUUUUCCAGCGAGCAUCUGAACAAGUGCUUCUACCUCACCCUGGAAGACAUGCUGUACGCGCCUCCCGUGCUGAAGCCAAAUGUUAUGGUUUUUAUUGCCGAGCUCUUCUGGUGGUUCGAGAAUGUCAAGCCGGAUUUUGUUCAGCCCAGGGAUGUCCAGGAGCUGAAGGAUGCUAAAACAGUGUUACAGCAGAAGUGCAGCCGGCCUCCCGUCCCUAUCUCCAACGCGACCAAACGCAGCUUUCUGGGCAGCCCCGCUGUCAUGAGCCCCGCUGACCUGCCGGCACCCAGCCAGCCUGUGGUGGAAGGUGGGCACCGGUACCUCCUCCACCCCGAAGAGCCCGAGUACCUUGGGAAAGGAACUUCCGCCUUUAGCUCUUCCCACCCUCUAUUGCCACUGAGGCAGAAGCAGCAAAAAGCGGCACAGGCAGAGGACGCCCCGGAUCAGCGGCAUCGAUCUAACUCUUUAACCCGAGUCGAUGGUCAGCCUCGAGGUGCAGCGAUAGCAUGGCCAGACAAGAAAAACAGGCCUGUGUCCCAGCCAACACCUUUUGCUCUCCACCAUGCUACAAGCUGUGACGUGGACCCCAGCUCCGGUGACAGCAUCAGCUUGGCCCGUUCCAUCAGCAAAGACAGCCUGGCAUCCAACAUCAUCCACCUGACCCCACACAACCAGCCUGACCCCGCUGCUGGCAAGAGUGACGGAAGGAGCCUCCUGAGCAAUGUCAACAUGGACGAUGAGGAGGAGGAGCUGGUGGCCAUCAUCAGGACGGACGUGUCUCCCCAAGGUGGUGACCCGGAGGCCCCACGGGCCUCGCCUCGGACGCUAGGCCUGAUGGCCACUGCCAGGUCUCCCCUGAGGCCGGCAGACACCUUGGAGAGUAAGUCCGAUAGUUUCUUCCUAGAGCCUCUGAUGCCAGCAGUGCUGAGGCCAGCGAAAGAGAAGCAGGUGACUACGAAAGAGGACGAACGUGGGGAAGGGAGGCCCCGGGGGGCCCCAGCCAAGAGGGCUGUCGAGGGCACCCAGCCUCUGGUGCGGAAGAAAGCGGCCAGCAGCCACGGCGGUCGUGACUUGAACAGGACUUUCACCCCGAUUCCUUGUUCAGAACUUACUGCGAGCGUCGACCCCGCUGAGGAGGCAUCACGGUUAUCAGAAGCCACAGGAGAAGUGCAUGGGGGGCCUGUGGCUGCUGGUGGAUUCGAUCCCUUCCCUCAGAGGCAGGCUGAUGGCUUCUUCCUUCAUGUAGGCAGGACUGACGAGGACACAGAGGGGAGGUUAUACGUGAGCUCCCAGAGCCCCAGCUCCCACGACUCAGAGCCGUGGACGAUCUUGAGGCAGGACUCGGACUCUGAUGUGGUGGAUGUGGACGAUGCUGAGCAGGAGUUCCUGGGGGAGGACCGCGCGGUUCUGCUUCCCAGAUACACUGGCGAGGAAGAGUCGGCCAAGCUGCAAGAGGAUAUGAAGGUAAAGGAACACGAAGAUAAGGACGACGCCAGCGGCCGCUCGAGCCCGUGUCUCAGCACCACCUCUCAGCUCAGCAGCAUGUCUGUGGCAAGCGGCAGUGUGAAGAUGACCAGCUUCGCGGAGCGCAAGCUCCAGCGCCUCAACAGCAGCGAGACCAAGUCCAGCACCAGCAGCUCCCAGAAGACCACGCCAGACGCGUCGGAGAGCUGCCCGGCGCCUCUGACAACCUGGAGGCAGAAGAGGGAGCAGAGCCCCACUCGGCACAACAAGGACCCUGCCAGCCUGCUGGCAUCCGAGCUGGUCCAGCUGCACAUGCAGCUGGAGGAGAAGCGCAGAGCCAUCGAAACCCAGAAGAAGAAGAUGGAGGCGCUGUCGGCGCGACAGCGCCUGAAGCUGGGCAAGGCUGCCUUUCUGCACGUGGUGAAGAAGGGCAAGGCCGACGGCACCCCGCAGCCCCUGCGGCCCGAGCACUUCACCAAGGAGUACACGCAGCACAAUGGCGAGGACGUGGGAGACGCGGUGGCUAACGCGGAAGGCUUUCUCAAGGAAGAGCAGAGAGAGGCCAGUGAGGGUCCAGAUGUGGACAGAGAAAGCUUGACGUUUGCCCAGCUUCAUAAGCCCAAAGACCCCUCGGCUCUGCCUGAUGUAGAGAUGCACAGGGCGCUCUCUGCUGCUCUCCUUGAGGACAGUGUGGAGGAGGAGGUGGUGGUGGACGUGAGCGAGGGUGACCUGUCCAUCGAGAAGCUGAGCGAGACCAUCAGCACGCUGCAGCAGGCCAUACUGAAGAUCUCCCAGCAGCAGCAGCAGCUCCUCCUGAAGUCCCCAGCGGUGCCCGUGCCAGGCUCCAAAAAUCACUCCCAGGACCAAAAAGUAAAGGCCCCUGUCCACUUCGUUGAGCCCCUGUCCCCCACCGGAGCGACUGGCCACCGCAAACCACCCCGGCUCGGCCAGGGCCGAAACUCACGUUCGGGAAGGCCAGCUGAGCUGAAGGUUCCAAAAGACAGGCAGCCGGCCUCCUCCCGGAGCAAAACCCCAACACCCAGUGUGGAGACGCUCCCACACCUGCGAUCUUGUCCCCCAAGCAACCACCCACGGACGCCCUCUGACCCAGGUGUGGACAGUGUCACAGACUCUGGUGGGAACCCCUCUGAGAAGCAUCUCUUUGACAGUUACAGGCUCCACGAUGAAAGCAACCAGCGGGCAUUGGUUCUGCCCUCCUCCAGAGAUGCUAAUGUGCUCUCGGAGCAGGGGACCUGCCAGGAGGGCUUGGACGCAAGCGUGAAAGAGGCGGGGCUCAGUGUCUCGGCCGUCCUGGGCAAAGAGAAUGUCCUUGUGGAAGAGCCCCUGAAGAGCAAGGCCAGCCUCAUCGAAGUGGACCUUUCAGACCUGAAGGCCCCCGAUGAGGAUGGCGAGCUGACGGGCCACGAGAGCUCCGUGGUGCUCGUCGGCGACGGCGACCAGAAGCCUGUGGUUGGCUUCUUCUUCAAGGAUGAGCAGAAAGCGGAGGAUGAGCUGGCCAAGAAGCGGGCGGCCUUCCUCCUGAAGCAGCAGCGGAAGGCCGAGGAGGCCCGCGCUCGCAAGCAGCAGCUGGAGGCCGAAGUGGAGCUGAAGCGUGACGAGGCCAGGCGUAAGGCAGAAGAAGACCGAAUACGGAAGGAGGAGGAGAAGGCCCGGCGGGAGCUCAUCAAGCAGGAGUACCUGAGGAGGAAGCAGCAGCAGAUCUUAGAGGAGCAAGGACUUGGCAAACCGGCCAAGUCCAAGCCCAAAAAGCCAAGGCCAAAGUCUGUGCAUCGAGAAGAAUCCUGCAGCGACUCAGGAACCAAGUGCCCCUCCACCCCCGAUAACUUGAGCCAGACUCAUUCCGGCUCCAGCCUGUCCCUGGCCUCUGCAGCUACUACGGAGCCUGAGAGCGUUCACUCGGGGGGCGCCCCUUCGCAUCGAGUGGAGUCCUUGGAAGCCCUGCCCAUCCUGAGCCGCAACCCGAGCAGGAGCACGGACCGAGACUGGGAGACGGCAUCUGCAGCUUCCUCCCUCGCCUCUGUGGCUGAGUACACAGGUCCUAAGCUCUUUAAGGAACCCAGUAGCAAAUCAAACAAGCCAAUUAUUCAUAAUGCUAUAUCCCACUGCUGUCUGGCUGGAAAAGUGAAUGAACCUCACAAGAACUCCAUAUUGGAGGAGCUGGAGAAGUGUGACGCCAACCACUACAUCAUCCUGUUCCGCGACGCCGGCUGCCAGUUCAGGGCGCUUUAUUGCUACUACCCCGACACCGAGGACAUCUACAAACUCACCGGCACGGGGCCAAAGAGCAUCACCAAAAAGAUGAUUGACAAGCUAUACAAAUAUAGCUCAGACCGAAAACAGUUUAACCUAAUCCCAGCCAAGACCAUGUCUGUCAGUGUGGACGCACUCACGAUCCAUAACCACCUGUGGCAGCCCAAGCGGCCCGCAGUGCCAAAGAAGACCCAGACUCGAAAGUGACGCAGCUACAGGCACCUGUGGGGACACGCCGAUGGCAUCGUAUUUAUUAUUCUCACCCUUGGGUACGAAGUGUGCAGAGUCACAGACCUGUUUGACCAGAAGUCCUUCCUUCCUCUCCCCACCCCCCCUGGCAGGGCUGUGGGGCAGGGAAUGGGGGGGCAGACACAGGCUCCAGUGGGUGGCCAUGAGUGCCCUGCUGCUGGGAGGCCUCGGCUGAGGGCCGCAGGGCAGCAUGGUCCUGGGCCUCCUCUCCCCUACUUGAAUUCUUCAGGAUAAGAUAAUGUGAUCUGCUCUCUGCGCACCCCCCCUCCCCCGCCCUGCGCACCCUGUUUGCACAUUGCCCGGUGCCCCACGUUGGCUCCUCAUUGGCCAGCUGCGCCAUUGGUGAUUGCAGGGCCAGGGCCUCCUCUUGGGUCAGAGUGUUUGAAUGUCUUCGUAAAAGGAGUUCUUAUGGAAAACCUUUUUCAUUUGAAAUUGUAUGAUAUUUAUUGACUGUGUCUACUGCCAACCUUUAUAAACACUCCUAAGAUUUCUGAAAAAAAUCCUUGUUCCUUGCUGCUCAGAAAAAGUUUACCGAAAAUAUGAGUUCACUAAAGGCACUGAAAUCUGAAAAG